AUGGCGGAAAACAGUGACACACUUCUACGACUCGCUCAACUCGGCUACAGUAUGCUCGUUCCGAUUGUUCUCACCGGAUACACGAUUUCUCAAUGCGGUGGAAAGAAGAAUAAGGGAGCGCCGGCCGGUGGAGGAGGAGGAGGCGGAGCCAAAACCUCAGAGAAAUCUGGCGGUGCAUCGCAGAAAAGUGAAAAGAAAGAGGCUGAUAAACCAGCUGCAGCGGCACCUGAUGCGAAUGGACCGAAGGCGCCGACUGAUAAGAAUGCGGUUGCAGGAACUCACGAUCCGAACUACCAAACUCUUGCGGGAGUUGAUGCAAAUGUGUUCCAAGAGAAGGGAGGUGCCGCGCCAGCUGGAGGAGCAGCUGCUCCGGCUGCCGGUGCUCCAAAGCCUGGAGGCCCUGGAAUGGCUGCCACCCACGAUCCAAACUACCAAACUUUGGCUGGAAUCGGAAACGACUGCUUCGAUAAGAAGGAUGGCGCGAAGCCAGCUGGUGGCGCUGCUGCUCCAGCUGCUCCAAAACCAGGAGGACCUGGAAUGGCGGCUACUCACGAUCCGAACUACCAAACAUUGGCCGGAAUCGGCAACGAUUGCUUCCAGAAGAAGUAA